UUUCCCAGUAGUGAUGUAUGGAAGUGAGAGCUAGACCAAUGGACCAGUGGACUAUAAAGAAGGCUGAUUGCCGAAGAAUUGAUGCUUUUGAGCUAUGGUGCUAGAGGAGACUCUUGAGAGUCCCAUGGACUGCAAGAAGAUCAAACCUAUCCAUUCUUAAGGAAAUCAGCCCUGAGUGCUCACUGGAAGGACAUAUCCUGAAGCUGAGGCUCCAAUACUUUGGCCACCUCAUGAGGAGAGAAGACUCCCUGGAAAAGACUGAGGGCACAAGGAGAAGGGGACGACAGAGGAUGAGAUGGUUGGACAGUGUUCUCGAAGCUAUGAACAUGAGUUUGACCAAACUGCGGGAGGCAGUGGAAGACAGGAGUGCCUGGCGUGCUCUGGUCCAUGGGGUCACGAAGAGUCGGACAUGACUAAACGACUAAACAACAACAACAAAGGUUGCCGUCUGUUUUGCAGACAUGAGCUUCGUGACAGACAUUUUUAAUUGGCGUGGUUUGGAAAGCUGCCCCUGUUGGGUUUCUGCCUGCCAGGCAGCUGCCAAGUCGACGCAGCCAGCAAUCUCUUUAAAGAAAAUGGCAAGCUUAUGAGCUUCCCUCGCUAGACCAGUUCACAGGAAACCCUGGUGGUGUGGCUAAGUCGAGGAGGCAUAUACGGUUUCAUGAUCAGGAAGCCGGAUUCUCUCUCUGGCGGCAGCUUUGAGCCCUGCCGCCUCGAGCCCUGCCUGGGAGCGCCUUUCUUUCUCAGCUGCUGCCGUCAGAGCGAGAGGGAGGCGGCCCUGGCGGCGAGCAGAGCAGGUUCUCCUGUCGCUAUUUGUAGCAGCGCACCAGAACUGGCUGGGCUUGAAUGAAGCAAGACCGCGCCCGGGAGCGGCGCCUCGACCAGGAAGUGGCUGCCGAGGCUGCCAGGAAACGGUGCAUCCGACUCGGAGCGCCAGAGAGCUGUAGAGGUGAGGAGACGGUUGUCGUUGUCGUCGUCCCUUCAGGAAGACGAAUCAGCCACUCAUAGUCAUGGUCAGUGACACCAAAGGGGAAAUGUAAAGGACAUUAAUCAAUGUGACAGUUGGUUCUGUUGAAAACCUGAAACCAAUAGCUGAAGCACUUGAAUAAUAAACAUCUGAAGCUGAUACUCAAGUAAAUGGCUGAACUUCCACCUGGGAUUCGCUUGAUCACUUUCUUUACAAGAGACCAGUGGUACAGGGCUCUGACAUUUGUCCUGACUUUUAUGCUGUAUGCUAGUUUCCACUUAUCAAGGAAACCAAUCAGUAUAGUUAAGGGAGAACUACAUAAGCAUUGUAAUACUCCACAAGUUAUUGAGCAUAACACCUACAAAGAAUAUGCCAUCCAGAUUCAGCCUGUUAAAAAAAUGGCUAAUGAGUCACGCUGUGGUUGGGAGCCAUUUGAUAAGAGCAACUACAAACAGUUGUUGGGAGCCCUGGAUUAUUCAUUCCUAUGUGCUUAUGCGGUUGGGAUGUAUCUGAGUGGCAUAAUAGGUGAACGUUUGCCUAUCCGGUAUUAUCUCACUGGAGGGAUGUUUGCCAGCGGACUCUUCACUGCUAUGUUUGGAUUUGGUUACUUCUAUAAUAUACACAACCUGUGGUUCUACAUCGUGGCUCAGAUGGCUAAUGGAUUGGUGCAGACUACUGGCUGGCCCAGUGUGGUUACCUGCAUUGGCAACUGGUUUGGGAAAGGAAGGAGAGGACUGAUCAUGGGAUUAUGGAACUCGCACACUUCAGUGGGGAAUAUUUUAGGCUCUCUAAUAGCUGGCUAUUGGGUGUCUACCUCCUGGGGUUUGUCCUUUGUGGUGCCUGGCGUUAUAAUAGCUUUAAUGGGGAUUGUCUGCUUCCUGUUUCUUAUUGAACAUCCUAGGGAUGCAAACUGUACAAGUUCAUCAUCCAGUAAUUCAAAAAGUUACAUGAAUGGGCCAGAUAGAUACACCAUUCAGAAACCAGAAUUAAGCGCUAAGAAAACAAGCUUAUCUUGGGAUCCAGAGAAGCACUGCCUGCUCCCUGACUAUGAGAAGUGCAACAAGUCACUGAAUCCUAACAAUGGAGGCUGUGAGGAAACUGAAAACAGGAAGUCUGCUAUAAGUUUUUCUGGAGCUUUGCGAAUACCUGGAGUUGUAGAAUUCUCUCUCUGCCUGUUAUUUGCCAAACUGGUCAGCUACACUUUUCUUUUCUGGCUUCCAUUGUACAUCACAAAUGUAGAACAUAUUGAUGCUAAACGAGCAGGCGAUCUAUCCACACUAUUUGAUGUUGGAGGAAUCUUUGGUGGAAUUUUGGCAGGCAUAAUAUCAGACCGACUGAAGAAAAGAGCUACAACUUGUGGCAUGAUGCUUUUGAUUGCAGCACCCACGCUAUACUUAUUUUCAGCAAUCAGUAAAAUGGGCUUUGAGGCCACCAUAGUUAUGCUGCUCAUCAGUGGCGCUCUUGUAAAUGGCCCUUAUGCAUUGAUCACAACAGCUGUCUCAGCUGACUUGGGUACCCAUAAAAGUCUCAAGGGAAAUGCAAAAGCACUCUCCACUGUUACAGCUAUCAUUGAUGGAACAGGUUCAGUAGGUGCUGCUCUGGGACCUUUGUUAGCUGGUCUCCUCUCUCCUUCUGGUUGGAACAAUGUAUUUUAUAUGCUGAUGAUAGCAGAUGCGUGUGCCUUGCUAUUCUUGCUCCGCCUUAUACGAAAUGAACUUCGAUGUAGUCUGGAUCGCACCCUGUUUAAAGAACACUGAAUUUUAGGAAACAAGUAAAUUAAAAUGAUUGCUUUUUAAAGACUUUGACUGUGUUCCA